AUGUUGGAUCACGUGAAGACCUUCGAGUGCGCCGGAGCUCCGAGCAUGAUCGCCAUCAACAAGGACGACGUCAUGCUGACCGACGUCAACGGCCGGAAGGUCCACUACGUUGAGGCGCCGGGGACCUACAUACUGAAGCUGCGUCGGGUCCAAGUCAAACGCGAGCUGUCGAAUCUGAACGCAGACCUGAGCAUCGUUGGUCAAGCGACGGUCGGCAACGAGGGGCCUCUCGGAUUGAACCUGGAUGUGAGCCAAUCGCUGCUGCCCGAAAAGAAGAUGUUCAGCCCGGCAAAGUGCGACCGAAACUCCGGAGUGGUGGUCGAAAACGGCAAGCAUUUCUGCCGCAUGCCAACAGAAAACUUUAGUACUUUUCAGUCGGUACUGCGACAUCUGCUGGCUGCUGAAUGGUCUGUGCUCGAGCAUCAAGGCCGGCACGCCCAACGUCAGUCUGCGCUUCUCGUUGCCCGAGGCGGACGUGAUGAAGGAACACGCAAAUUCCAUCAAGUCGACCACAAACUUAAAAAUGGGGGUACAACGUGGAAACUGCGCGUUUUCCUCAGGUUGAACUCAAAUUCUCAGCCGUCUGCCGACGAAAACCAAUUCUACAUGUUCAGUCGCAAAUGCGCCAGCUGUGUCACUCGGGAUGACUGCAGCGAAGCCUGCAAAUCCGACUACGUAGCUCACUGUUUGCGUGGAACCCCAACCAGCAUCGCCUGCCUCACCAUAGAGUUCACGGCCAAGGUUACCAACAGGUAUUCGGAUGUACAGGCGUACCUGCAGAGGCACUCGUAUGCUGACCACAGGAAACCGACCUGUGCCAUAAAAAAUAGUGCAUCCAGACAGUACUGCAAAAUUCAAUGGAACGAUGACUUUUGUUGCUCUCUAUGCGAGGGGCGCUGUGCGCACAAGACUUGA